GUUGUGUGACGCAUGCUGGUGAAGGCAUUUCGAAAACAAACAUUUCCAACUGCUUUGAAAGAGACAUGCCCUGUUGGUAUUUUGAAAAGAAAGAAUUAAGAAAUACACCUUCUUUCCAAGAUGGCAUUGAUGCUGCCACAGAAGCCAGGUAUCGCCGAGAAGGAGCAAGAUUUAUUAUUGAUGCUGGCACCAAGAUGGGACUGCGAUAUGAUACAUGUGGGACAGGUGUUGUGUAUUUCCACAGAUUCUACAUGUUUCAUUCUUUCAAGGAAUUCCACAGAUACAUAACAGCAGCAUGCUGCCUUUUCUUGGCUGGGAAGGUGGAAGAGACUCCAAAGAAAGGAAAGGACAUCAUCAAAAUUUGUCAGUCCAUGUUAUCACCUCAAGUGUUCAGUGUAUUUGGAGAUGAUCCAAGGGAAGAAGUGAUGACCAUGGAAAGAAUUCUGUUACAAACCAUCAAAUUUGACUUACAAGUCGAACAUCCUUACGGGUACUUGCUCAAGUUUGCCAAAUUCAUAAAAGGUGACAAAGAAAAGAUACAGAAACUAGUACAAAUGGCUUGGACAUUUAUCAAUGACAGUCUGUGUACAACUCAGUGCCUGCAGUGGGAGCCAGAGGUGAUCAGUGUGUCACUCAUGUAUCUGGGUACACGCCUCACCAAGUUUGAUAUACAAGACUGGCAUGGCAAGGUGCCUGGAUCCAAGACCAAGUGGUGGGAGUUUCUUGUAGAAGAUAUCACUGUAGAAUUGAUGGAAGAUAUAUGUCACAAGGUCCUUGACCUGUAUUCUAACAACCCCCAGGGAGCUGGUACGGACUCCCCUCCAGUUACUCCUAGUAAAAAAAUGACUGCCAGGGACACCCCUCCGCCACCCCCACCUCAGAUGGGAAAACGCAGUCUGCCAACAACACCAGGUGAAGGACCGCAUGAUGCCAAGGUACCAAAGUCACAACCAGAAAGACAAAAAAGUAAGGAGUCAAGCUCAAGAAGAAAUUCUAGCAAGAAAAGCAGUUCAGUAUCUGAUGUUCCAUCCUCAUCUUCUGUGCCUCGCACUGCUCCAGCAUCAAAUUACAGUUCAGCUCCCCCUGCACCAAGCAAGCCAGACUACACACAAUAUGGAGCUUACAUGGCAUCUACAUCCUCACAGUACCCAUCCUCGUUUCUGUCUCAGGAGGGUAGUAAAUCUAUAGAGACACUAGUCAGUGGUUCAGGUCUUACAUCCACAUCAUCUUACUUACAGACUCAGGCUCCCACGCCUGCUGCCUCAGCUCCUGCACCGGUUCCUCAGUAUCCACCCCCUGGACAGUAUCCUCCUGCUCCCUACCAACCAAAUACAUAUGCUCCACCCACAGCGUAUCAACAGCCUCCACCAGUCCAGCCACAGUACCAAGGUCCAGGUGGAUAUCCUGCAGCUCCUGCAGUUCCUGGGGGUCCACCUCCACAACAGGCCUUCCCAACAAACCAACCCCCACCACAAGUGGGUCAGUACCCCCCUGGUUUCCCCCCACCACAACAAUUUAAUGCACCACCCUUCCAGGGGCCAAAUAGUUUUCCUCCACCACCACCACCUCGGCCUGGAUUUCCUCCACAGCAGCCUGGUGUCAGUGCUCCACCACCUUUUCAACCUAUGCCUCCAAACACAGGAGCAAUGAACACUAUGGGACAGCCACAAGGACCACCUGUUCCCCCUCAGAGUAAUGUUGUGCCACUACAACCUAGUUCAGGACUACCGGUGGUGAGAAUCACAGGUCGAAGAUGAUCCAUAUUGUGUUCUGUUUGAGUAUGGAAUAAAAGAAGCUGACAUUUAGAGAUAUACAAUUGGAAAUAGUGGGAAGAAAAUCCUGGUAACAAAUGCAACAUAGGAAAAGGUUCAAUUGUUCAAUCUUAUGAAAACUUUUCAGUAGAGGUCUUGGUCUUGUUAUGCAACAAUGUAAUGAAGGAAUAUAUGAGGUGCCCUAAUUUGGAUGACAGUAUAACUAGUGAUAUGAAAUUUUGUAUCAAACUAUUUUCAACUACAAUUUUGGUGCAUGUGUAUGAAUACAGAUCAAAAGUGACAGUACAUACAAAAGAUGUGAGGAAGAAAGGUCAAAGGUGACAGUACAUACAAAAUAUGUGAGGAAGAAAGGUCAAAGGUGACAGUACAUACAAAAUAUGUGAGGAAGAAAGGUCAAAGGUGACAGUACAUACAAAAUAUGUGAGGAAGAAAGGUCAAAAGUGACAGUACAUACAAAAUAUGUGAGGAAGAAAGGUCAAAAGUGACAGUACAUACAAAAUAUGUGAGGAAGAAAGAUCAAUAGUGACAGUACAUACAAAAUAUGUGAGGAAGAAAGGUCAAAAGUGACAGUUCAAUAUAUGUACUAGUGCAACCAUUUUAAUUCUUUUUUCUGGAUAAGGAGUAUAUCAUGGUUGUAAUAUUGUCAGACUCGCAUAAAAAAAGCUUGAAAACAUCGACAUUAUGAAACAAUAUUAUGUUGUAAUGAUAUUGUUUAACUUUUGUAGUCUGUAAUUUUGUUUUUGUAAAAGUCAUGCAGGGAUGCUAAAUCAAGGUGUUGCUUUGCACUCUGGGAAGAAUGUUGUUGUGUGUUGCUGUAAGUUCUGUUACAGGUAUGAUACUGUAACAUACACUUCUGCAAUACAUGAUCUUUUAUACAAUAAAUAUUAUUGUAUCAGCUGUUGUGUUUGUCUUUCACUUCCAAAAAGAGGAUGAUGGAUUCCAACUCCAGUCCAUAUCCUCUCUAUCAGUAACGCGUUGUGCAUGCAUGCACUAUUUCAUAAUUACAUUAAUUAAACUGACACAUCUCUUGAUGAAUGCUGUCUGCCAAAGUAUACAGACUUAUUCCAUCAUAAUUUUAGCAUCUAUAGGACAUGAAUCCUGUAAAAUUUCAGCUACUUGUAGUGGUAUACCUUUUGGUUGGUUGGAUACCACUGAUCAAACAUUAGUCAUUGUGACAUAUAUCUUCAUCUCUAGUGUCAUUUCUGGUGACAGGGUAACUACUUCCAUGUGAGAAGCUUAGACUGACAAAUGUACACAUAUAUAUUAAUACUCUGUUUUUUAAUGUAAGUGAGAAGGUAUGGAUUAUCAAACAAAUUUUCCUGAAGGAUCAUGUAUGGCUGUUGGAUAAAUGCAACAGUAGAUGUAAAAUUAUUUACUGUAUGAAGAUCAUGUAUUACAGUAAUGUUAUAGUACAGGUAUAAUUGUUUCAUUGUGGCCUGACAAGGUAGAGCAGGAAAGUGAAUUAUAACAAUGACAGUACAGAUGUUUUAAGUGGUGAGACUGAUUUUGUUGUUGUUCAUUCCAAUGACUACCUGUUGUGAUUGAUUGUUAUACUCAGACAGAUAUGAUGUAGAUGUACAUAGUUUUAUCCUGGUAUGUUUGAACAUCGUGGAAACAAACAUUGGGAGACUUUGUAAACGGUGUGAGCAUGUAAACACAUGGAGACAGAAUGUGGGAAUGUAAACACAUGGAAAUAGAAUGUGGGAAUGUAAACACAUGGAGACAGAAUGUGGUAAUGUAAACACGUGGAGACAGAAUGUGGGAAUGUAAAGACGUGGAGACAGAAUGUGGGAAUGUAAACAUGUGGAGACAGAAUGUGGGAAUAUAAAUACAUGGAGACAGAAUGUGGGAAUGUAAACACAUUGGGAUGGUGUGUAGAAUUUAAACACAUGUAGGAAUGUGAAUUUGAUAUGUGACAGGAAUUGAUUGAUAUGGAACUUUUUUAUUCCAUGCUUAUCAGAUAUGGCAAGAUGUCAAUAAAAUACAUGUUUUCUUA